GAGGCGGUGCCCGCAGCCCAGCCCGGCCCGCGACUGCGGGGAGGCGGCUCCUCCCCCGGUCCGGGGGCGCUUUUACUUUCGCUUUGUCCGGUCGCCGCCGAUUGUCGUCGAGGCGGGACACGACGCGGACUCCGGCCGCGGACCGAGCGUGGCGGUCACUGGGGGCCGGGUCCCCGCGCCGCUCCCCGCCGGCCCGCCGAGCGCACUUCGGGGGCGACUCAGCCCGUCCGCCCGCCCGGGGUCGCCACGGCUACGGCCGCACUUCUGUCCCCGCCCGCGGUGCCGCCCGCUCUGCUCAGUGCAUCCUCCCUCGGACCCGGGACACUCCAGACCGUCCAGGAUUUGGAAAGGAAUGGCAGAUGACCUGAGCACUGUCAUGUGGGAGGAGAAGGCUGAGACUCCCCCUGACGUGCAAGAGGAGGGAGCUGAAGAGUUAGCAGACACAGUGGAUGCCCGACCAGACCGGUCCUCCUUCAUCCAGUCCCUCUUCAAGAAAAAGAGAGAAGCUUCUCAAUCAAGCUCUACCAAAACUUUACCCCAAGAGCAAGUGUCUUCUUAUCAGUAUGACAUGAACUUUGAGAAUGUGGGCAAGUGUAUCAUAAUCAACAACAAAAACUUUGAGAGGAAAACAGGGAUGGGUGUUCGAGAAGGAACUGACAAAGAUGCCCAGGACCUUCUCAAGUGCUUCAGAAACCUGGGUUUUGAAGUGUCCGUCUAUAAUGACUGCUCUUGCGCCCGGAUGCAAGAGUUGCUGAAACAAGCUUCCGAAGAGGACCACAAAAACUCAGCCUGCUUUGCCUGCAUCUUACUAAGCCACGGAGAAGAAAAUUUAAUUUAUGGGACGGAUGACAUGAUACCAAUCAAGGACUUGACAUCCUACUUUAGGGGGGACAGGUGCAAGACUCUUUUAGAGAAACCCAAACUCUUCUUCAUUCAGGCUUGCCGGGGAACAGACCUCGAUGAUGGGAUCCAGGCUGACUCAGGGCCCAUCGGUGACAUGGAUGAGAACUACCGGUGUAAAAUUCCAGUGGAAGCUGAUUUUCUCUUCGCUUAUUCUACAGUUCCAGGUUAUUACUCAUGGAGGAGCCCAGGAAGCGGCUCAUGGUUCAUGCAGGCCCUCUGUUCCAUCCUGGAGGAGCAUGGGAAAAGCCUGGAGAUCAUGCAGAUCCUCACCAGAGUGAACAACAGGGUGGCCAGGCACUACCAGUCCAGGACUGACAACCCAGACUUGAACAACAAAAAACAGAUCCCAUGCGUGGUCUCCAUGCUCACCAAGGAACUCUACUUCCACAAAUAGCUGCUGGAAAACCUCUGGUUCUUCCUUGCCAUGAAUCCGAUUUUUCCUUGUUGUUCUUGAAAUGUUUGGAAAAAAUCUAAAGGAAUGUUGAGUUUUAAUUGAAUUUUAACUUCAUAUGUGUUGAUUCAACAGGGGAAAAACUUUUGGAUGCUGUCUUAUCUGUCUGAAUUUCAGAAACUCUUGUUUAUAAUGUUAUCCAUUCAUGGCUUUGUAAUUUUUCUCUUAGGUUCUCUGUUUCUCUUUGUUGCUGUGCUUGGAAUAUACAACAAAAAUAACCUCUGUAGGUGCCUCUUUACUGUAUCCUCUGUGUGGUGGUGACUUUAGUGUGCCAUCAGGGUAAUACCCUCACUUGACAAAGGAAGGCCAGUACUUGACAGAAAGUAACUUGUCCAUUACCAAAAAAAAAAAAAAAAAGCCUCUUACAUGUGCUUUGAACAAUUUGUCUUUGGCUUAUGGUAGAUUCUCAUGCAGAAAUUGCACAGUAAAUUAGAGGGAGGGAGAAGUUUACUGAAUAUAAUAUGUACUAGUGAAGAUUUUGUCAGAAAGACAGAACCCAUUCUAGGCAUUAAUAGUGGGGAGAGACUUGCAUAGAUGAUAAGAGAGAAACUAGGAAAAAGUGAAGCUGAUGUCAUCUAGAAUUAUGAAGUGAUGUGUAUUCCAGAGUCUAGAAGUGGGGACCCCUUCACAGGUGCUAGAACCAUUCUGGGGGAGCUUGGUAGUAACCAGGACCACCAGGGGUUGUGAGAAAUGGUGCCAUGGCAGUGACAUAGCCACGCCUGACAUGGGGCAAUCCCAGGUGAGUCAGAUAUGAAGAAGUACCUCUCCUGCCCUUUCUUCUUCCAGUAGCUUACCCUUCCAGAUCUACCUGGAAGAGCCAGUCUGCAAGAUCCCUGAGAAAUGUGAUUUUCCCACAAACCACUGCAAAGCAAGGGCUAGUGAGGCUGGAGAGAAAGAGGAAAUGGAUAUAAACCUGGCCUCUGACAUGAACAGAAGUAAUCAGAUUCCCUGAUACUCAGUAGUUCAUCCAUUCAAUAAUUUAUUCAUUGAGCUGUCAAUCAACAUUUUACCUGCUGUGUGCAAAGUAAUCUGUUUUAGCUUUCAGAAAAUAAAAAAUACCUAGAACUUUUUAAAAGAUGAGUCCAAGUCUUAUACUGAAUAAAAAUUUUGUUAACUUAUAAUUCUGUAAAUGGGGGGAAAUUUAUGACAAAUAACUUUGCACUUUCUUUUCAAGGUGGUACUGUGAUUUAGAUUUCUGACAAAUUGCUGUUUUAUUCAGCCUAAUGACUGGUCAGUGGACAAAUGUUUCUAUUUAUUGAUUAAAAUUUGGUGCUUAAUUCCUAA